AUGGCCAGUGCAGACUGGAGCAAUAAAACCGUCACAGAGUUCGUCCUGCUGGGAUUCGGGGAUCUCCCGGAGCUGCAAAUUCUUCUCUUCCUUCUUUUUUCAGCAAUCUACGUUCUGACCAUGGCCGGGAACCUCCUCAUCGUAGCCCUGGUUGUGGCUGAGCAGCAUCUCCACACCCCCAUGUACUUCUUCCUGGGGAACCUGUCCUGCCUGGAGACCUGCUACUCCUCCACCAUCCUGCCCCGGCUGCUGGCCGGGCUCCUGACGGGGGACAGGACCGUUUCCAUCUGCGGCUGCCUUGUGCAAUAUUAUUUCUUCGGUGUCUUUAGCACCACGGAAUGCUACCUCUUAGCCGUCAUGUCCUACGACCGGUAUUUAGCCAUAUGCAAGCCCCUGCACUACGGCGCCCGUAUGAAUGGCAGGAUCUGUCUCCUGCUAGUAGCUGGGUCUUGGAUCAAUGGCCUUUUGCCUGUGACCGUGACUGCAUCUUUGAUGUCUCAACUGCCUUUCUGUGGCCCCGGUAAGAUUGAUCAUUUCUUUUGUGAUUUCUCCCCCGUGCUAAGCCUCUCCUGCAGCGACACCCGCCUGAUAGAGUUUUUGGGUGUUGCCCUGUCUGGGUUAUGUUCUCUGCCCCCAUCUCUACUAACGGUGACAUCUUACAUUUGCAUUAUCACCUCCAUCCUGAGCAUCCCGUCCACCACGGGGCGGAAAAAGGCCUUUUCCACCUGCUCCUCCCACCUCGUUGUGGUGACCAUGUUCUAUGGGACCCUGAUGAUUGUGUAUCUCCUCCCCAAAACUCCAAUACUGCGAGACCUGAACAAAGUGUUCUCUGUCUUCUACACUGUUCUGACCCCCCUGGUCAACCCACUCAUCUACAGCCUGAGGAACGCGGAGGUGAAAAAGGCCCUGAGAAAGGCAGUCGGCAAAUGUGGAUUUCUCAAGAGUGGACAGGACAGCGGUGGCAAAGAUGCCAGUACCCUGAGCCUGCCUGAGACUGGCCAGAGAAUCCGUAUCAGCCCUCCACCAGCAUUAGGUGCUGCCCCAUCAUCUCACCCAGAGCAGAUUUUCAACCAAGUGCCUUCUAAUUGA